AUGGCCAAGAAGUGGAAGGUGGCUCCGACGACUGAGCUGGCCGACGACUCCGACGAGGAGAUCGACGUGGUCGGUGAGGGGCGCGGCCGCAGCCCCGCGCCCGCUGCUACCGCGCCGGGACCUUCGCCCCGCGAUCCCGAGCCCACGCUACUAUACAACGGCUACACUGAGGAGCAGCCUUCCACGCAGUUCACCGCGCAGCUGCCGAGCGAGGUGAGCCCGGCUCUCUCCGGCCCCUCUCAGCCGGCGCCUCAGCCUGUCUCCUACGCACUUCUGCACCUCUCCUCCGACUCGACAGAUCCACCUUUCCUCCAAGUACAACUCCAGUCUUCACCUGUCUCCCCUCCUCCGCCACCGGCGAGCGGCAAAUCCAACUCUAUGUGCUAUACCAGCACGGGCGCUCUUCUAUCUCUACCACCGAAGAAGAAGGACAUUUACCGCCCCUACUGUCUCGGCGAACGCGCAUACCUUCAUCGAGCGGAGGAGGACCUCAAUGCAGCCCACGCCAUCCUUGAUUUGAGCCAGCACGCCGUUUUCCUUACAACUCCACCGCGCAUCGAACCCCAAGCACCUCCCGAGCAACCGCCACCACCACCACCUGAACCACAGCAGGAGGCGACAGAGCGUCCCAAAGAGACCGUAGCUUACACCUACGAUGCUUUUUUCGUAAGCGACGGCCGAUCUAAGCGUCGAAACUAUGCGAACGCUCCCGUUGAAAGUGCUCAACAGCCUGAACAAAAAUCAAAAUACACCUGUAGCGAGUGCGGCAAGCGUUAUGCCACGUCAUCGAACUUAUCAAGACACAAGCAAACUCAUCGUAGCCUUGAUUCGGUCGCAGCCAAGCGCUGCGGAGAGUGCGGCAAGGCUUACGUAUCGAUGCCAGCGCUCGCUAUGCACGUGCUUACUCAUCAACUCUCACACGUGUGCGGUGUUUGCGGAAAAUUAUUUUCUAGGCCAUGGUUGUUGCAAGGUCACCUCCGUUCUCAUACCGGCGAGAAGCCUUAUGGGUGCGCACACUGCGGCAAGGCAUUUGCAGACCGUUCGAAUUUACGUGCACACAUGCAAACGCACUCUGCCGAUAAGAACUUUGAAUGUUUGCGAUGCCACAAAACUUUUGCCCUCAAGAGUUACCUCAACAAGCACCAGGAGUCAGCCUGUGUGCGCGACGGGGAGUCACCACCGCCCGAGUCUGUUGCAGGCUCGCCUCCCACCACUGAACCUACCACCGAACCCACCACCGAUCCCGCCAUCACCACCUCCGUCAUAGCCAUCGGCUAA